UUCUGCUCACAUGGCCGACUCGGAAGACUUUGUUGUGGUUAAAAACAGCAAAGGAAGGCGACGCCGACCCAGGCGAAGCAGAGACUGUGUGUCAAGUUCAACAGAAGCGUUUGAUCGCAAUGAAAGUGAUAACGAUAUCGAUUAUGGUAGAGUAAAAGCAAAGAUACACUUGUAUAGAGAUGAAUUGAAGUGCAGCGAGUUUUACAUCAAUGUACUGGAUCAGUUGAAACAGUGUUAUUUGACUCUACACCAAGACAGUGAAAAGCAGGAGGCUGAACGUAGGCGUGCUACCGAUCUAGAUGGCGCUGUCAGGGGGGUGGCCGGUCUCAGCCUCAGUGACCCUCCCCCUGACUCGCCCCUCCGGCCCGACAUGGAGUGUGUUUGUUACGGCGUGGGUAAUGUCUCCAGCAACAUCAUUGCACAGUAUCAGCUGGCCCUCGUCAUGGCGUUGAGGGAGGACUUGAAGCUGAAGCAGGACAAGUGCUUCAUGUUUGACCCAGCCUUCACUGAUGGGGACAAGCAGACCCUACAAGACCUUCACUUCAGUAUUAUUCCUGUAAAUGAGGAGGGCAAGAGGCGUUGUCGAGUGCCGACGUUGUUCUUCCUCCCCCACUGCGGCAAGGCCCUCUACAACAACCUUCUGUGGUGCAACUGGCUGCCACACAUGCUCCGCAACAUCGUCAUCGUUGGAAACAGCUUCACAGCCAUGGUUGAAAGGACUCCAGAGCGACUUUUAAAACAAACUGGAUUAUAUAUAUUGAAGAUACAGGAGUUCACAGUUGAGAUCCCUCUAAGUCCAGUCUUUCAUCACAGCGACGUCUUCAACGACAUGGCCAUCCACUACUUCCCUCUCCAUCGACUGACCACUGCUCCCGGGGAAUUGUGGGAGGCCCAUGAUGCACCAGUGUACAGGGGACAGGAAGCAGAGAUAAUACUUAGCUGCUGAGGCACUGUGCUUUGUGGACUACAUCGGUAGGAUGGACUCCAUGAACUUGGACUCAGGGGGGAUUCCAGGUUUGAAUAGGGUACAUCCCCAACCCAUCCCCCCAUCCUCCAGCAACCAAUGGUGGUCAUAGGCGGAUCCAAAGGGGGAGUCCGGGUAGAAACAUAAUCGAGGCGAACAGGGAUUCGAAGCCACAAUCAUAGGUUACGUGAGUGCCCAAGGGACGCAACUCUGCACAGCGAAUCGCGGUGCCUAAGACGACUGGGCCACCCGUACCCCCGGCAUCUUAAGAAAUAUCAUCAAUUGUAUUGUUGUGAUUUUGGAUUCAGACCAUCAGGUAUCUGAAACCUAGGAAAGUUAUUCUUACAUAAACGUAAAGGGAAGUUAUGGAAUGCUGCUCAUGCUUUGUUUUCGUGUUUUUUUCUUGAAAAGUAAAGUAUUCAUUUGCGAACCUGAUCCGUGGUCUAGUGGGUAGAGUGUCUGCCCGUAGAGAUGGAGGUCGUUGGAUCAAUCCCUAGAGGAAGCCACAAUACAUCCUCAGGUUUAGAUCUCACCCAUGACAUAUUGUGGAAAGACGAGAGAAACACACUCGAGGUUCAGGGUCUGUAUUUACUCUAUCAGCUCAGAACAACAAGUCAAGAUAGUGUUGUGUCCGAUAACAGGAUUCUGCCCAGUGCGAUGUGUGGAAAACAAUGAACAAUGUACAUAUGACUCACAAGAAGGGAUAGCAAAACUUCGUGCUCAGCUUGGAAAAAAUUAUCCUUUCAUGUCAGAAGUUCCUCAACAUGGCCAGACCAGUUUACAUUCUAAUUUUACAGACCAUUAGCGAUCCAACAGGACCAGUAGAGAUCCGACAGGACCAGUAGAGAUCCAACAGGACCAGUAGAGAUCCAACAGGACCAUUAGCGAUCCAACAGGACCAGUAGAGAUCCGACAGGACCAGUAGAGAUCCGACAGGACCAGUAGAGAUCCAACAGGACCAGUAGAGAUCCGACAGGACCAGUAGAGAUCCAACAGGACCAGUAGAGAUCCAACAGUUUUCUUGGUGCUGGUCCUUUGGACCCUUGACAAAUUUUGGUCAGUGUCAAACUGACUGAUGUAAAAGCUGUGUUGUCGAGAAGAUUUACUCUCCCAGACCCGUUUUUUUUAGGACUAAAACCUUUCUUUCACUAGUCCUUAGAGUCUUGUAGCUAGCUCUUUUGAAUGAGACAAAAAUGUUCACACUUUUUUGUCAGUUUUAUUCAGUUCCAAUUUGUAGCAAAACUGAAGCAUGAAAACAUAUUCAGAAUAGUAACCCUAAACUGCAACUAGUCAUUGAGGACUACUGUCAGUGGGGUUUUACUUAUCAACAGCACAAUUUAGUAGCCUCGGGCUAGCAGACUAGCAGGAAUUUCGAAGGCUACACUCGUGCU